CGCGAUGCGCCGGAUCGAAUUUCACGUCGACGUUCCGCGUAGCGCGUUUGGAGCGCGUUCGGCCGCCGCCAUGGUUGUCUUGAGCGCGAAAACGCAGAAGUGGCGCUUUUGUGGAUGGCAGCAGCCGCGUUUUGUUGUAAAUUACAGCGUUUCCAUUUGAUAGGAGAGGUGCUAGCGCAUGUGUGAUUUCCAUGCAACGCGUUGUGUCAUGCUCAUUAGCGCUGAUUCGUAUUUGUUGCAUUCUUUCCAGCGAUUCUGUGUCUAAGAUGAGUGAAACGGGCAAUGCAGUUCUGUCGGCAUCGUCGCCGCAGCCGAGCCCCACCCAGCAACCAGGACUUUCUGCCCAGGAAACGGCUCACCAGUUUGUCCAAUCACAGUCUGCCGUGGUCCACUUAUUACCCAAUCAGCAUCUCGCGCAAACUCGACCGGAAAUGGUUGUUGUCCCGUCCGCAACCGCCGCACCACAAUCGCAGCCUACGGUCGUUCAAUUCGGUCCAGGCCAACCUAAAGCGAUCUCAAUCGCUCAGUUCUCUCAAAGCCAACAUAAAUCAGUGCCUGUCAUCGACAACAGUGUUGCAGAGGCUCUCAUCAACAACGGCAAAGUCAUCGUGACAUUUGCUGAUGCAAGCUCUUUGCAACAGAGUCAGCCUUCUAUGUUCGGCUCUUCCGCGCCAAUAUCGCGUCCCAUUCCUGCUCUACUCGUCACAACGCCGCAACAACAGCAACAGCAGCAUAUCGCUCAUCUUCCGCCUCCUUCUGCCUCUUUCCUGCAUUCGGAUCCGCAGGGCUUCGCUCGUCAUCCGCACACAACACCUGUCACGCGCGCUGCUCCUCAGACGGUCCAAUGGCUUGUGGACAACUAUGAGACAGCAGAAGGAGCCAGUUUGCCUCGUUGUUUGUUAUACAAUCACUACAUGAAACACUGUCAGGCGACUGGUUUGGAAGCAAUCAAUGCAGCGACUUUUGGAAAACUCAUUCGCUCAGUUUUCUUGGGUUUGAGGACGAGACGUCUUGGCACAAGAGGAAACUCCAAGUAUCAUUAUUAUGGCAUUAGAGUCAAGCCUAAUUCUCCACUAAAUUCUUUAUUGCAAGAAGAAGAUAUGGUUGCAAGACAGCCAACACAGAUGCAACAAGCUAAAAGGUACAAGGAUGGCAAUGAAGUUACUGCCGCUAGCACUGGUGGAUCUAGUCAACAGUCUGACCCUCAGUCUCAUCACAGUGCUCACAUGGAUUACUUAGGACCUGUCAAUCCCGUGUUGCCUCCAUUUGGCGAAAUCGAAGCAAGUGAUGUGAAGCUUCUCGAAGGUCUGACAGAGAACGAUCUGAGUGACUUUACAGCCGUGUAUAGAGAACACUGUGAGGCUGUUAUGGACGUAAUUGUUAAUCUCCAGUUCAAUUUGGUUGAGCCGUUGUGGAGUAAUUUCUGGGGUGGAUCGGGUGCCGGUUGUGGAGAGUUGAGUAGCGGUGGUGACCUUCCAAUGAGUAUGGAGGCGUCUCUUCUCGACACUCAGAGAUUUCGUCUUCCUAAGGGAAAACUCGUUUUGCUUUGCGACAUUCCCGAAGUCGUUCACUACUUGCAACAGUGUGACUACAUGCUGUAUCAGACCAUCAUGGAGACGCUCAUUCCAGAUGUGCUGAAACCGAUUCCCGGAUCGCUCACACAGUCACUCAGAACGUUCGCCAAGAACCUGGAAUCAUGGAUGAAGUUGGCAGUGAAAGAACUGCCGUCGAAGUUUGUCACAGCUAAAGUUUCCGCAGUCGUUGCGUUUGGUCAGAACCUUCGUCGCUACACAUCACUCAACCAUCUCGCGCAAGCUGCACGCGCCGUAUUGCAAAACUCUCAGCAGAUCACUCAGAUGCUCGUGGACUUAAAUCGAGUUGAUUUCAAUAACAUCCAAGAGCAAGCUGCGUGGGUGUGUCAGUGUGAAGACACCACCAUCCAGCAGAUACAGCAAGAUUUCAAGCAGACGUUACAGCAACAGAACUCAAUUGAGCAAUGGGCACUGUGGCUUGACGGCAUUGUCGGUCGCACUCUGCAGCAAUAUGAAGAGCAGCCAUCGUACUCGAAAGCGGCACGACAAUUCCUACUCAAGUGGUCGUUCUAUUCGUCGCUCAUCAUUCGUGACUUGACGCUAAGAAGUGCUGCCAGCUUUGGAUCGUUUCAUCUCAUACGUUUGCUCUUCGACGAAUACAUGUUCUAUCUGGUCGAGCAUCGUAUUGCCAUGGCAACACAACAAGUACCUUUAGCGGUAAUGGCAGAGUAUGUGGGCUUGUCCGACCAAGACUUCACGCAGGCAAAUGAUAUCACAAAUGGUCGACCUGAAGUGAAUGGCAAGGAACGCAGUGACAAUGGAGACGAUGCUGCCGCAUCUUUCCUAUCAGGCAACACCGGAGAAGAUGAGACUCCAGCAAAACGAGCGAGACUAUCGGAAGAUGCAGUGUAGACACUGAACAUUGGGCAGGGAGUUUUAGUAGAUUUGACAGUCUAGUGUGUGAUGGAUGUAUGAAUACGUGUUGGUAGAGUUAGUUGUGAUUAGGCCGAGGAGUGAACUCAGACUCUUGAAUGUUAAAAACAGUAAAUAGCUUGUGUACAACAAGCACUCCUAUGUAUGAUGUGAUGUAGAACGUGUACAAUGUAGUCACACCACUUGGUGUGACUUUGCACAGAUGUGUUUACUUAAUUAGCAAAAAUGUUGUAAAGGACUUAUUCGGUGUAAAUCUUGUUAACUAAUAAAAUUAAUGUUGAUCACGUGA